ACCUUUCUUGCUAUCUUAACCCCUAAUGUUGUUUUGUUUGGUGGCCGGCUAAAAAUGACAAGAAAUAAGAAAACAAUAGAAAAACAAUCAAAUAUAUGGCAAACAAAGUUACUAUUUAAUAAAUAUUAUAAAAAUAUUUUAUCAUAUGAUGAUGCAAUAACAGUUUAUUGGAUAUUAGCUAGUAUACGCAUUUUAUUAAAUAUAAUACCUCAAACUGGUUAUAUUCAUCCUGAUGAAUUUUUCCAAAGUAUAGAAAUUGUAUCAGGUGAUCAUUUUGACAUCGAUGUAUAUAAACCAUGGGAAUACAAUGUAUCUUUUCCUGUACGCAGUAUUGUAUUUCCUCAAAUUACUGUAGGAAUUUCGUACUUAAUUUUCAAAAUUCUAGCUCCUUUUAUUUUUUAUCUAUUUGGAAUAUCAUUAAGAACGCCAUAUUAUCUUUUACUAUUUCCUCGUCUUUUAAUGUGCAGCAUUUCAUUUAUAUCUGAUUAUUGUCUUUAUAAAAUUUGUCGUAUAUGGAAUCAGCCUUAUAAAGCACGUUUGAUAAUUCACGCAAGUUCCUAUAUUAUGAUGUGUUACAUGUCACGUACAUUUUCAAAUUCAAUUGAACUUACGCUUAUCUCUUUACUAUUAUUCUACGUGGCUCGUUGUAUGGAAUUUUCUAAAAGAGUAAUUAUUGAAGACGAUCAUUUGUCAGAAUAUUAUGAUGCAGCAAAAACAGGUGCUGAACGUACAAAAUAUUAUAAAUUACGUUCAUCAUUGCCAUUACAUUCAUUGAAUGAUUGUUUUAUAAUUGCAACAUUAACUGUUCUUGGUAUUUUCAAUCGGCCGACAUUUAUUGCAUUUGCAUUAUCACCAAUAUUUUUUUGGCUUAAUAGAGGACUUGGUUCAAAGAGUAUUGGUUUUUUAGAUUUUCACAUUAGAAUUUUUAUAUUCAUUAUUUAUGGAAUUCCAACUGUUUUAUUUUGUAUAUUUAUCGAUAGCUUUUAUUAUGGCUAUUGGACAAUUGGCGAAAUAUUAAAUAUUGAUAUUAGUAUGAAUAAUUUUGUAGUAACACCAGUUAAUUUCAUUAAAUAUAAUGCCAUUGUUAAAAAUCUCGAACAACAUGGAUUACAUUCAAGAUUUUUACAUGUUUUAAUAAAUAUACCAUUAUUGUUUAAUGUUCUUGGAAUUAUGGGACUUUUCUUGUUUGGAAAAAUGUUGUACAGAGCUCUAAAAGGUCGAUGGUUGGAGCUUCCUCGUGUUAAUAACAUCAAUGGCUUAAUGAUGUCAUCUUUUAUCGUUCCUGUUUUACUGUUGUCAAUUUUUCCCCAUCAAGAGCCACGAUUUAUAAUUCCAAUAUUAUUACCACUAGUGUUUCUAUGUACACCAUAUUUAAAAAAUAAUUUAGAUAAAGUGCCUUCCAGACAGAAUAAUUAUGGAAAACAGAAAGAGAUAAAAAAACAUAGAAAUGGUAUUGGAAAAUUGGAAUUAAUUUGGUAUAUAUUUAAUAUUAUAUUUACGAUAUUUUAUGGUUUUGUUCAUCAAGCCGGUGUUUUGCCAUUAACAUCACAUUUUGCAUUUGAAUUAAAAGUUAAACCACAAUUAACACAUAUUCAUGUAUUUACAACUUCAACAUAUCCAAUACCAACUGGAUUAUUACAUUUGAAAAAUACACAUAAAACAUAUAUAAGUGGUGAAAAAUAUAAAUAUAAAUUAAAACAAGAUUUUUAUCUUUAUGAAAUGGGUAAUAAAAAUAUUGAUUAUGUUUAUGAGAAAAUUUUCUCAAAACUUAAUGAAUGUAAAGAAAUUUUAAAAACUAAAAAUAUCCCCUGUAGAAUUUAUUAUGCUCUUCCAAAAAAUAUGUUAAAUGAAUUGGAAGAAUAUAAAAACAAAAAUAAUAGCUUUAAAUUAAAUUAUACUUUAGUUAAAACAUUUUAUCCUCAUAUAACAACGGAAAAAUUACCAUUAUUAUCAACAUAUUCAACAUGUACAAAUUUAGAACAAUUAAUUUCAUGUGUUAAGCAUUUAGUACAUAAUAAUGUGAAAAAUUUAUUUAUAUUUUUAUAUCAAUUUCAACUGUUACUGUUGAAAAUAGAAAACUGACUUCAAAUUCACAAAAAAAAUAUUUAAUUUCCUUAAAUCUGGAUUUUUUUUUUUAUGUUAAAAAAAGGCAGUUACUUUUUUUUUAUAAUUUAUUAAUUAUACAAAUAAUUACAAAUAAUUUAUUGUAGAUUAGAUUACGUUUCUUAGUCAGAUUAGUUUCAAACUAUAAUCAUAAACAAGACUGUUUCUUUUUAUAGUUGACAAAACAGUUUUUUGCAAAAACAAAAGAAACGUGAAUAUUUUUUAAAAUAAUUUUUUUUUGUUUCAAAAACAAAACGGUACAAUAUAAAUCAAUUUUACCUUAAAAUGUACUGAUUCUUUUUUUUUUAGUACAUUUUUCAGGUAUAGAUCGAUAAAAUAGAAAUAAAUCGCAACCGAUUCUACAUAAUAUAAAUUUAAUACGCAAUAAGUUAAUAUUUCAAUUAUCGUUUUAUGCAUGACUAGGACAGUCCUUUAUCUCGAUGUAUACAUCUUUUUUUUUUUUUUUUACCCUUAAUAUGUUACGAUAUGAAAUAUUUAUGAAAAUUCAAUCAAAAAUAGCACCAUUUA